AUGACCAUGAUCACGGCAGAGGAGAGGAAUACGAAGAAGGAAGAGGUGGAGGAGGAGGAGGAGGAGAAGAAGAAGAAGAAGAGAAGGAGGCAGCAGGAGAAGCAGCAGGAGAAGACGGAGGAAGAAGAGGAGGAGCCAAAAGGCGAGAACGGGUCGAAAGUGGAGAAUGGCCGAGCUCCCUGCAAUCUCCUGCAGUCGCCGGAGUCUCCCCACGCCCCUAAAGGCCAGCUUGCAGCUCCCAUGAGCGAAUCAGACGUUCCUAUCAUCUUCAGUGCCUGA